AUGGGCUCCUCAGGCCUCCGUGUGUCUCUGGCCUUUGUACAGAUACAGACAGGUGCCAGCAGGAGUGAGUUACUAGAAGUGAAACUUGCCCUUAGCAGCGGCAGUUACUGGAACAAGGAUGCCAUUAAGAAGGAGCAUUGUGUCUCCUCAUGGAAAUUUGAGCUGCUGAGGCAGGCAGCUCCCUGGUUCGCUCAGCUGUGCUGCGAGUGGCUGAGAUGCUGUGGUGGAGGGGAGCCCAGGCCCCGCACGGUCUGGUUGGGGCACCCUGAGAAGAGGGACCAGCGGUACCCUCGAAAUGUCAUCAAUAACCAGAAGUACAACUUCUUCACUUUCCUUCCUGGGGUGCUGUUCAACCAGUUCAAGUACUUUUUCAACCUCUAUUUCUUACUUCUCGCCUGCUCCCAGUUUGUGCCUGAAAUGAGGCUCGGCGCUCUCUAUACCUACUGGGUGCCCCUGGGCUUCGUGCUGGCUGUCACCAUCAUCCGGGAGGCAGUGGAGGAGAUCCGAUGCUACCUGAGAGACAAGGAAGUCAACUCCCAGGUCUACAGCCGACUCACAGCAAGAGGAACAGUGAAGGUGAAGAGCUCCAGUAUCCAAGUUGGAGACCUCAUCAUCGUUGAAAAGAACCAGCGGGUCCCUGCUGACAUGGUCUUCCUGAGGACAUCAGAAAAAAACGGCUCUUGCUUCUUACGGACGGAUCAGCUGGACGGGGAGACGGACUGGAAACUGCGGCUGCCUGUGGCCUGCACACAGAGGCUGCCCACUGCUGCGGAUCUGCUUCCAAUUCGAUCGUAUGUGUACGCGGAGGAGCCAAAUAUCGACAUUCACAACUUUGUGGGAACUUUUACCAGGCCAUCUGCUGUGAUGAUGGGGGCCUGGAGGGAUCAGUGCCUGCAUUCACAGGAGCUUGCCAUCUGCCGAGAGGCGGGCAAGGCUCCCCGGCCUGCCAUCUGCCGAGAGCCUCCCCCAAAGGAACCACGUUGUACAGAGAGUCCUGUUUGCCUGGCCGAGUGCAGUUCCAGCUUAAACGUCAUCAUCUCAGAGAUGGCAUCUCUGACCACCCAGUGCAAACUGGGCCCUCCCUCCAGCCUCCCUCGCUCCUGUACCGUUGUGGGUGUCGUUCUUUAUACUGGCAGAGAACUCCGGAGCGUCAUGAACACCUCAAAUCCCCGAAGUAAGAUUGGCCUGUUUGACCUGGAGGUGAAUUGCCUCACCAAGAUCCUCUUCGGUGCGUUGGUGGUGGUCUCUCUGGUCAUGGUUGCCCUGCAGCACUUUGCUGGUCGUUGGUACCUACAGAUCAUCCGGUUCCUCCUGUUGUUUUCCAACAUCAUUCCCAUCAGUUUGCGUGUGAACCUGGAUAUGGGCAAGAUCGUGUACAGCUGGGUAAUUCGAAGGGAUUCCAAAAUACCCGGGACCGUGGUUCGUUCCAGCACGAUUCCUGAGCAGCUGGGGCGGAUAUCUUACCUACUCACAGACAAGACAGGAACUCUUACCCAGAAUGAGAUGGUUUUCAAGCGGCUCCAUCUGGGGACGGUGGCCUAUGGACUCGACUCAAUGGAUGAAGUUCAGAGCCACAUAUUUAGCAUCUACACCCAGCCGUCCCAGGACCCCCCUGCUCAGAAGGGCCCCACGCUUACCACCAAAGUUCGACGCACCAUGAGCAGCCGAGCACAUGAGGCCGUGAAGGCCAUUGCGCUUUGCCAUAAUGUGACCCCCGUGUACGAGUCCAACGGCGUGACUGACCAGGCCGAGGCUGAGAAGCAGUACGAAGAUUCCUGCCGGGUGUACCAGGCUUCCAGCCCAGACGAGGUGGCCCUGGUACAGUGGACAGAAAGUGUGGGUUUAACUCUGGUGGGACGAGACCAGUCUUCCAUGCAGCUGAGGACCCCUGGCGACCAGAUCCUGAACUUCACCAUCUUGCAGAUCUUCCCGUUUACCUACGAAAGCAAACGUAUGGGCAUCAUUGUAAGGGCCCGCUACGUCCAGGCCAAGCUAAGCGUGCAUGACCGCUCCCUCAAGGUGGCCACAGUGAUUGAAAGCCUGGAGAUGGAGAUGGAGCUGCUCUGUCUGACGGGUGUGGAGGACCAGCUGCAGGCAGACGUGAGGCCCACGCUGGAGACCCUGCGGAACGCCGGCAUCAAGGUUUGGAUGCUGACAGGGGACAAGCUGGAGACCGCCACAUGCACAGCGAAGAAUGCACAUCUGGUGACCAGAAACCAAGACAUCCACAUCUUCCGACUGGUGACCAACCGUGGGGAGGCCCACCUGGAGCUGAACGCCUUCCGCAGGAAGCACGACUGUGCCCUAGUGAUCUCGGGAGACUCCCUGGAGGUCUGCCUCAAGUACUAUGAGUACGAGUUCAUGGAGCUGGCCUGCCAGUGCCCAGCCGUGGUGUGCUGCCGCUGCGCGCCCACCCAGAAGGCCCAGAUCGUGCGUCUGCUCCAAGAACGCACGGGCAAGCUCACCUGUGCAGUCGGUGACGGAGGCAAUGAUGUCAGUAUGAUUCAGGAGUCGGACUGUGGCGUGGGGGUUGAAGGAAAGGAGGGGAAGCAGGCCUCGCUGGCUGCGGAUUUCUCCAUCACCCAGUUCAAGCACCUCGGCCGGCUGCUCAUGGUGCACGGCCGCAACAGCUACAAGCGGUCGGCCGCCCUCAGCCAGUUCGUGAUCCACAGGAGCCUGUGUAUCAGCACCAUGCAGGCUGUCUUCUCUUCCGUGUUUUACUUUGCCUCCGUUCCCCUCUAUCAAGGAUUCCUCAUCAUCGGGUACUCCACGCUUUACACCAUGUUUCCCGUCUUUUCUCUGGUCCUGGACAAAGAUGUCAAGUCUGAAGUUGCCAUGUUGUAUCCUGAGCUCUACAAGGACCUGCUCAAGGGACGGCCGCUGUCCUACAAGACAUUCUUAACGUGGGUGUUGAUCAGCAUCUACCAAGGGAGCACCAUCAUGUACGGGGCGCUGCUGCUGUUUGAGUCGGAGUUUGUGCACAUUGUGGCCAUUUCCUUCACGUCACUGAUCCUCACCGAGCUGCUCAUGGUGGCGCUGACCAUCCAGACGUGGCACUGGCUCAUGACCGUGGCCGAGCUGCUCAGCCUGGCCUGCUACAUCGCCUCCCUGGUCUUCUUACAUGAGUUCAUAGAUGUGUACUUCAUCGCCACCUUGUCCUUCCUGUGGAAAGUCUCCGUCAUCACUCUGGUCAGCUGCCUCCCCCUCUACGUCCUCAAGUACCUGCGGAGACGGUUCUCCCCGCCCAGCUACUCGAAGCUCACGUCGUAG